GUGAUACAAGUAAUUUUCCUAUUUUAUAUUGUAUAAUAUGAAAUAAACAGAGUAUGAUUUGUGGUUUAUGACCCAUAGCAAUGAAUGAUUACUUGUUACUAGCAUUAGUAUUUAGAUAUUUAGAUUCAACUUGCUUGCGUUGCUGGACGGCUCCACAAGAAAAAGAAAUUUAUCUGCUUGAAUUAGUCCCCCUGGCAUAAAAUAAAUUCCAUAUCCUAGAGUGAACGGGGAGGCAAUGAUGACCUUUUUGCUUUUACUUUUUGCAACAGACGAAAUCAAACUGACUUCAGGAAACGGCCAUAACCUCCGCAAAUGAAGAAAGCACCGCAUCGAAGCAUGUUCCAAUCAAGUCGAGGAAAACAAGAUUCUACUUCUCAGCGUGAUCUGCCUGGCAAAAUCUCCGACAAGAAUCAACAUAAAACUCACAGUGUUCAGAACUACUUCAAAGCUGCAUCCAGGAAACUAGCUGGAGUUUUCACAAUAUUACUAUUUAGGAAAAGAAAAAAGGGCAAUACUAAUGACAACAAAACGAACAACCAAGUCAAAACACUUUCCUUUUCUAGUUCAACAGAUCAUUCGACAGGAAGUGAUGUUAGGAGCUCAGCAAGGCUCAAGUCCUUUGGUUCAUAUGGUUCUUCCACUUCUGCCAGUGGACAUAUCCCAACACCCGAUUUCUCCUUUGAAGAUAUUUGUAAGGCCACCGGAAACUUUUCUGAAGGAAAUAAAAUUGGGGAAGGUCGGUUUGGAACAGUUUACAAAGGGAGGCUCAAGGAUGGAUCUCUUGUGGCUGUAAAGCGCACUAAAAAGGACAAGUAUGAGGAGGGCUUAUCACUGCAGUUCAAGAAUGAAAUACUUGCUUUAUCGAAGAUUGAACAUCGGAAUUUAGUAAGGUUAUUUGGAUUUAUGGAGCACAGAGACGAGCAGAUUAUCGUGGUUGAAUAUGUUGGAAAUGGAAAUCUCCGAGAACACCUUGAUGGUGUAAGGGGGAAUGGGCUUGAAAUUGCAGAACGCCUGGACAUUGCAAUUGAUGUUGCUCAUGCACUUACCUAUCUUCAUACAUACACAGAUCCUCCUAUAAUCCAUAGAGACAUAAAAGCGUCGAACAUCCUUAUCACAGAGAAACUUCGGGCCAAAGUGGCAGACUUUGGAUUUGCACGACUAGCUUUAGAAGAUCCUGCUGCCACCCAUAUCUCUACUCAAGUCAAAGGAACUGCAGGCUAUGUGGAUCCUGAAUACACUAGAACAUAUCAGCUCACUGAAAAAAGUGAUGUAUACUCCUUUGGUGUAUUGCUUGUGGAGUUGAUGACUGGAAGAUAUCCUAUAGAAUCAAAGAGACCAGUUAAGGAAAGAAUAACCAUACGAUGGGCAAUGAAGAGCUUAAAUGAAGGAGAGUUUGUGAUUGCCAUGGACCCAAGGCUAAGGAGAAGUCCAGCAUCAAACAUGGUGGUGGAGAAAGUGCUAAAACUAGCUCACCAAUGCCUUGCACCAGUGAGACAAUCUAGACCAUCCAUGAAGAAUUGUGCAGAGGUUUUGUGGGGAAUCCGUAAAAAUUUCAAAGAAAAAGCUUCCUCUUCUUCUUCUUCUGCCUCUCACUAUUCUGCAAAUUUUCCUGAUAUAGAUGCAAGGAAUAACAGGCAUUUAUUUGGAAUAGAAGAGGAUGAAAGCUAUAGAUUUAUUUCUGCAUAAAGUAGUGAAUGAUUUCUUGAAUUGUUUGUCAAUUAUUUUCCAUUCUUUUCUCUUUGUAAACCACAUAAUCUCAGAUGAAAUGAAGCAAGAAUAUAAAGA